GCCUCCAAUAUGACUUUCUCCCAAUGACGCGAGAAAUGGCGAAUAUCGCGAAUGAGCGAAGAACCCCUUCAAGCACGAGAUAUUGAAAAUCUCUGCACAUCCAUUCACGAUGAAGCAAAAGAUAUAUUUAAGCCGUAAGUUGUCCCGCCGUAUCCGGCAUCAAUAUGGCUGCCGUGAAAGAGUUUCAGCGUUCCAUAACGGAAAAGCCCGAACCUCACAUUUCGGAAAAGGAUGCUGAUGUGACCUUCAACCUGAUCAAGGGCCAUGGCGGUGAUCUGCAUGCUCUUGACCUCGGCGGUCAAAGAAGAUUGAAUCGGAAGCUAUACUACGGUCUUGUCUCAUUCCUGGUUCUUAUCAACCUUAUGCUGUUUAUCGACAAAGCAACCCUGGCCUACGCUUCGAUUCUGGGAUUGUUCGAAGAGACCAAUAUCGGAGACGGCCAGUACAACAACCUCAACACGCUUUUCUACGCAGGCUACAUCAUCGGACAACUUCCAGGGCACUAUCUCAUGCAGCGUGUCCCCCUAGGCCGCUUCAUGGGUGUGACAAUCUUCUUGUGGUCACUGAUCGUUUUACUCCACUGCACGGCCACAAGCUAUGGCGGGCUGAUCCCACUACGCUUCUUCCUAGGCAUGGUCGAAGCCACCGUCGUCCCAGCCAUCGAAAUAACGCUGGGUAUGUUCUUCGUACCGGAGAUCCAAGGCAUACUACAGCCCCUAUUCUGGGUCUCAUGUAUGGGCGCGCCCAUCCCAGCAGGCUUCAUCGCCUACGGCCUGCUAUAUAGCCACAGCGCCGUCGCACCCUGGAAGCUCUUCAUGAUCACCACCGGCGGCUUAACCUUCUUCUUGUCCAUCAUCGCCUGGUUCCUGUACCCCAACAACCCUGCCGAAGCACGGUUCUUGUCGCUCGAAGAAAGACUCUUCCUCGUCACCAGGAUCCACGACGCGACGACCUCGUCAAUCGAGUACAAGAAGGUCAAGCAAUCCCAGCUGCGCGAAGUCGUCCGCGAUCCCGUCUCCUGGCUAUUCGGCCUGCAAGCCUUCACACUCAUGAUCUCCAACAACAUCGCCUAUCAGCAGAACCUACUUUUCGUUUCCAUUGGAGUGGAUGAUCUAGGCUCCACGCUCGUCAGUGCGGCCAGCGGCGGCUUCAGCGUGGCCUGCUGUAUCGUCGCCACCCUGCUUCUCCGAUACGUCCCCUGGCGCCGUGCAUACUGGGGCACAUUCUGGUGUUUGCCGGCUAUAGCAGGCGGCAUCGGCAUGGCCGCUCUGGACUGGAACAGGAAGGAAUCGCUCCUGGCCUGCCUCAUUCUAGCGGGCGGCACCUUCGGCAUCACAUACAUCAUUGCUCUUGGCUGGACGACUUCGACGGCUGCAGGCUACACCAAGAAACUUGCGCGCAACGUCUUUUUCAUGGCUGGGUACGGCAUCGCCAACCUAAUAUCCCCGCAAAUCUGGGUGCCAAGUGAUGCACCGAGGUAUUAUCCUGCCUGGAUCAUUCAGAUCGUCAUCAGUUGGGCCGGCACGCCCCUGAUACUCAUUGUCAUUGAUGUCAUCUUGUCGCGCCGCAAUAAGGAGCGGUACGCCUGGAUCGCGCAGCAGGAAGCUGCGGGCAAGACGCGAACCGGCGUUAUCGAGCAGAUCGACGCCAAUGGCAAUAAGACGGAGGUCGAGGUCGAUAUCUCGUUGCUUGAUCUUACGGACUUGGAGAACAAGUACUUCAUCUACCCUCUUUAGCUCCAUUAGAGGUGGAGUACGACAAAGAUGUCAACGUCAAUGGUCAGUAGGUUGGUGGCAGCGGGUUCCCCGAAGGCAAAGCACUGGACUUAUAUCGAUAGAGAUGGUGGUCAUCUAGUUGUUAUUAAAUAAAGGUAUGGCGUGGUAGCCGAAGAACUCUAAAUGCAUAUCGAGUCAGUGAGUCUAGUUGAAUCUAAUGAGCACCUUGUCAACAAUACACUAGAUUUAUAUAGUUGUGCUGGAAGGCCUCCCAAGUGUUAAGAUCUAAAAGGAUUGCCUUGUA